AUGGAAAAGGCCCUCCCAGUUGCAACCCCGCCCCCGCAAGGACAGCGGGGUUGGCCCAAGACUGCCAAGCUGCCGCUUGGCAGGCCAAGAUAUCGCGUCGAAGAUGGCUGCAAACAGCCCGACGCCAUAUUCCCUACCAAAAACACCGAGUUGGACCGCAUCUACGAGUACCUCUCGUCGGACGGCUUCAGGAACGAAACGAUUGAGCGGCUGUCGGGCGCCGUCAAGGUCAAAACCGAGUCGUUCGACGACCUGGGCCCCGUCGGCGAGGAUGCAAGGUGGGAAGUCUUCUACGACUUCCACGCCUACCUCAAGGACACGUUCCCCCUCAUCCACGCCAAGCUCGCCGUCGACAAGAUCAACACGCACGGCCUUCUCUACACGUGGAAGGGCAGCGACGGCUCCCUCAAGCCCACCCUGCUGAUGGCGCACCAGGACACGGUGCCCGUGCCGGCCGAGACGGUUGGCUCGUGGACCCAUCCGCCCUUUUCCGGCGCCUACGACGGCAGGUAUAUCUGGGGCCGCGGGUCCAGCGAUUGCAAGAACCAGCUGAUCGCCACCAUGGAGGCCGUCGAGCUGCUGCUGCAGGCCGGCUUCGAGCCCAAGCGCACCCUUCUUCUUUCUUUUGGCUUUGACGAGGAGUGCGGCGGCCAGCAGGGCGCGUCCUCGCUGUCGUCCGCCAUCCAGAAGCGGUACGGGGAUGACAGCGUCGCCGUCAUCGUCGACGAGGGCGCCACCUUUGAGCGGGCAUGGGGCGUGCUCUUCGCCAAGCCCGGCACGGCAGAAAAGGGCUACACAGACGUCAAGAUAACCGUGCGCAUGCCCGGCGGGCACUCGUCCAUCCCGCCCCAGCACACGAGCAUCGGUGUGCUCAGCGAGCUGAUCGUGCGCCUCGAAGACGGGCAGUACCGCACCCACCUCGAGGACGAGAACCCCUACUACACCCAGCUGCAGUGCGGCGCCGCCCACUCGCCCGACUUCCCCAGCAAGCUCAAGAAGCUGCUCUCGAAGCGCCUGUCGUCGCCCUCGCGCAGCACCUGCAAAGCCAAGCCUGACUACCUCGCCCUGGAAGCCGCCAAGCAGGGCCCCGAGAUCCGGUACCUGAUGCAGACGUCGCAGGCCGUCGACGUGGUCGGCGGCGGCGUCAAGAUCAAUGCGCUGCCCGAGCGCGCCAGCGCCACUGUCAACCACCGCAUCAACAUCGGCGACACGCGCGACCUGGUGUACAACCGGCUAGCCGGGAUCGCGACCGGCAUCGCGCACAGGCACAACCUGACGCUGCACGCCUUCGACGGCGGCGAGGGCCCGGCGUCGAUCACGCUCGAGGCCUCGCGUAUCGAGGUCCCCCCGUCGCCCGUCACGCCCGCCGACGGCCGGCCGUAUGCCGUGCUCGCCGGCACCGUGCGCGCCCUGUAUGGGGGUGACGGCGUCGUUGUCGCCCCAGGCAUCAUGACCGGCAACACAGAUACGAGGUACUACUGGGCCCUGACGAGGCACAUCUUCCGCUUCGGGCCUGGCUACGAUGCGGACGAGGGCACCGGCCUCGAGAACAUCCACACCGUCAACGAAAAGAUCAGCGUCGCGAGCCACGUCAAUACUGUCAAGUGGCUCAUGCUGUUUUUGCGGAACAUGGACGAGGCCGAGCUGUGA